AAUGCAAGACACUAAUGAAGUCGAGGUGCCCGCACAUAAUAAGUGCAGAGCAUCGUGUAGCUCACGUUUUGCGACAAAACGUGCCGCAGUAGUCGACGAGCGGAAUGCGUUAUCUUUGCGUUGCAUAAUACGAUACUGUUAUAGGAAGGAUAAUCCAUUUGCAAACGUCUUUUUCAUUUGUACAGAUGUGCUAAUCAGUGUUUCAUGCGACUAUUAUCUCGCCAAACACCACCACUAAAAUGGACCCAAAUGAGAUAGUCGACAUCAGACCAGCUCCAGCGAAGCCGGUCACAUUCAGCUGGACAGCACCAGAUAACAACGGGUAUCGAGUCAGCAGCCAGACCAGACCUUGUCUCUGGCCAGAAUGGAGCGACAGCGCCGUCAAUAAUGAGCGAUGGGGCAUGGCUGCACCCAAACCAAAGGACAAAAAACAAGCAGCUGCAGCACCCUCGUCACUUUCUUCAAACGAGUUAUUCGAGGAACCUUUGGGAAAGCGGUUUCUCUUCAAUGAUAUGGAAGCCAGCACCUGGAUACGACUCUCGGAAUAUUUCUCAAAUCUAGAAGAGACUGGCCCUGUAACGUGGGAUGAACAAGAGUUUGUUUUCGACGUGUCGGCUCCAAAUAAGCAUCUCGUCAAAUACAAGGUGCUCCGACAAAUGAUGACCGUGCUACACGCGCUCUGGGAGCUCGGGAACGCCGGAGUUCUGGUCAACGCCAACUAUGUGCCCGGCGGCCAGGGCGGCGUGGGGAAGCCGUGGCGACCCUGGUCGCUGAUCUACUCCAUGUGCCGGGCGGGCCCCGGGGUGCCGCAUCAGCCCCUCUACAACCCCAGCGGCAAGUACCUGGUCCGACUCUUUGUGCUGGGGUGCUGGAGACAGGUAUGUGUGGACGACUGGUGCCCCCUGGAUCGAGAGGGACGGCCUCUUCUACUGCGCUCCAUGAAACUCACCGAGCUUUGGCCGCUGAUACUCUCCAAAGCCCUUCUGCAGGUGCUCUCGUCUGGUCGUCGAUCGAGCGCGGAUGUCGAGGGCCACGAGAUUGUAACCAUGCUGACCGGCUGUAUGGAGAGGACCGUUUACAUGAGACACAUGAAGGCGGAAGAGGUAUGGAAGCUGAUGCAAGAAGAGCUGCUUCCUCGAUACACAUGGCCAGAGCCUCCUCCGGAGAACGUUAUGGCAGCACCGUCAGCGACCUCCUCCCCGAGGCCGGCACACAGCAAACAAAAGCCAGGAGAGAACUCGGCGACAGGUGAUAAAAAAGGGAAGGCCGACAAGGCCAAGUCCAAGAAGCCCCAGCCUCCUCCUACGACAGAGGAGAAGCCCGAGGAAUCCGAAGCAGUGCUGCAACUGCGCAAAAAGCCGUUCGUGUUGGCUAUGAUGGAAGACACACAGGAUCAGUACUGCUCGGCGGCCGACGUUCCCCUGGACCCUGAUCUGCCCCACCUAGCGCUGGUCUCCCAGUUCCGGGACGUGCCGCUCGAAAAGCCACCUCCCCGACCGCCCACCCCGCCCUGGAAGAACGUGCGGCGCUACCUCUGGGAUCCGGACCUCACCAAUCCGCCUCGUCCGAUUCAGAUGCUGGAGGUGCACACUCCUCUGCUGGAGGUCACCACUCCUUGGAACCUGUCCAGCUCGGAGCUGACCACGGACGCUGCGGAGGGGGUGCCCACAGAUGUCCCCUCCUUCAGCGCCGAGCACAGUCCUGCCAGUGCCGCAGCGACCGGAGGAGAGGUGUUAUCAGACAGCAGCGCGCGCGCUCCAGCCACCGCCAGAACUGGCGGAAACAGCGAGAGGAACAGCAGUAAACCGAGCAAAACCAGCAGCAAACCAACAACCAACAGCACAAAAACGAGCAAAACCAACAGCAAACCGGCUCCGACCGAAAGUCCAAAACAGAGUCAGGCCAGCAACAAAUCGCCCGCGCCCGUCACCGUGGACACGAAACCAAGCAAGAGCGGCAACAAAUCCAAUAAGCACGACAAGUCUGUCGAGAGGAAGCCGUCAGCGACCCAAUCUCUGUGUCAGCGGGUCAGUGGCAGAGCGUCGCGUCCGCUGGGAAGAGUUAUGUCCCCGUCAGCACCGGCCAUCAUAAUGGCAAAGGCAAAAGAAACCAAGACGUGGAUGCACAUGGAUGAGUUCUGCAAAGUAUUCAAUCGUCUCCACCUCUUCUACUCGGUAUCAGCUCUACGCAACCAGUGCGUGCUCUCUGACCUGGUGACCGCUCCGACACCGCCUCCCAACACCAUGUCGGGGCGGGGUGACAAAGACAAGGCAGAUAAGGCGGCCAAGGGGACCCGUCUGUCAGCGAGCAGCCGUCACUCGGACGGCGAACACCCCCUGAGGCGACUGGACCACACCGAGCCUCUCUACAUCUUCAUCGACACGCUGGAAAGCUCUCGGAUCUUCAUCAGUCUUCAUGUGGCGCCGCCGGAGCCUCCUCCCGAACCACCCGCCCCGGUACCCGCCAGCAUCCCGGACGAGUCGGCGCCCCCUGCCGCCGCCGUGGAGACCCCGGUGACUGCCACCGUCACCGACAGCCAGGCAGUGUCUGCCACAGCCGAGACCGUGCCGGCGACACCAGCCACCACUGAGAACCCCAGCUCGAUCACAGACAACACGGCGGGACUCUCAGAAAUCCCCGGAGCGCUCUCAGACAACCCCGCGGCGCUGUCAGAUACCGUAGCUCCUUCGAUGACCUCGACUGAGACGCCCCGGGCGCCAGAGCCCUCGUCUUCUGUCCAGGCCACCGGGACCACACCUCUGCUGACCGCUCGCUCGGAGACCCAGUCUGAGUCGGCACCGGCUCCGGCGCCCGCCGAGCCGCAGCCGGAGCCGGAGACACAGCCGGCAGCACCGGAGCCGGAGACUGAGCAGCCGGCCGAGCCGGAACCGGAACCGGAACCGGAGCCGGAGCCUCCGGAGCCGCCGGAGCGGCGCGGAGCCGCCGUGGUGUCAGAGUACUGCUGGAGCAGCGACCAGCCAGGGAGGGUGAUGCUCACCCUGGGCCGCCGCUCUCCGGACUCGGGAGUCAUCAGCCUGCCGGCUGGGCGUCAUGUGGCCCAGCUUUUAGUGACGUCAGGCCGAGGUUAUGCGCUCCAGAUCGGCUCCAACAGCCAGUUUCGAUGCGGCACCAUUCGUGACCUGGUGCGAUGGCUGGCAGAGCCUCCGCGACGCUAUCUCAAGGCUGGCAGUGACGUUUCUGAUGGUCUUCUUCAACUGAUGCAAAACUUUAUCUCUGAGACACCCAGUGACCACAAGGAGAAAAUGUCCGCCCUCUGCCGCAUAUUCUGUCCCGAGACCAAACCGGAAGAGAAGGGCCUCCGCCUGUUUUAUCAAGAGACGUUCCUGAAAUGCCUGUGUGAAGUUUUGCCGCAGCUGCUAGCUGGUAAUAUAAACAGCGAGUCCGUCUUCCCAUGGAAAUGCUUUCUGAUGGAUGCAAACCACUCGAUGCAGUGCCGCCGGGCCGGCAGUCCAGCACCCUCCAAGGACCGGCCCAAGAGCAAGCAGCGCGCCGCCACUCAGGGCAAGAAGGAGGUCGGGAAGACGGGCAGCACUCCGGCAGCGAAACGCACCGGCAAACCGCCCAAGGAGGAGUCGGAGCGCAGGAACGGACCGGACGAUGACGUCUUCAACAAAGGAUAUGGGUCACUGGAGACGACGGCUGCCGUACAGCUACAGGGGUUUGCGCGCCGGCUGCUGGCUCGGCGAAUGCUGCGCGCUCACCGACGGGGAACCAUCGAACACCAGCGGGUGUUGGCUGAGAUUCAGCGGGCGACCCCUCAGCUGCAGCAGCAGGCAGAUAAACUGGCUGCCGAGAUGCUCAGGAGGAUGCUGGACGCCACCCGACCGCUGAUGUCCCGGUACCAGUUUUACGGCGACCUCUUCCACACGGCCAACUGCACCGAGAUGAGCGGAAACGCCACCGAUGUGGGCGACCACCGCUGGUUCCUCCUGUUCCGACUCGGAUUCCGAAUCAACACUGAUCAUGUGGUUGCGAUUCGUCCGUACGUGUCGGCCGGGUUUCCAGUACGGACUCAUCUGUAUGACCUGGACAACAGGUGUCUGAUGGACCCCGUCCGACACACCGGGUACCCCAUGCAGGCCAAGAAGGGAGCGGAGGGUUUCUGCCUGGUGGCGGAGGCCCUGCCGCAGCAGGGGCAGCGGGAGGGCCACGCCGCCGACGGACGCUGGACCUGCUGGCUGAUGGACCAGGUGCAGGACCGCAGGCUCUUCUCCGAUGUCAAACACAUCUCACUGGCGGGCUGCGCGGCCUCCUUUCACACGCGCCACGUCGUGGACUACUACGUGCCGCGACCCGACCAAGUGGUCUUCGACUUCUACAUGAGAGCGGGAAAAGGACAUCAACUUACUCUGCAGAUGGAGACAAGCCAUCGGAAAGCCCUCAUCAAAGUGCAGAUAUUCGAUUUCGAAAACAGCGUCGUGGCCAGUGCAGAGGGUGAAGGGCAAGCGGUCAUACCACUGUUCGUCAUGGACGGAGAAGAGUAUUUCAUACCGUCUACCAACGUCCACGGCAACCACGAUGGAAAGAAAAAGGGCUCUCUCAACAGGAAGGAGCGCGGCGGGGCUCCGGACUCGCCGGGUAAGAGGGGCGCCGGUAGGGGCCGGUCGCGCUCCUCACGCACCAGUGGCGACCACGAGCGGUGGUCGGGAGACAGCGGCGGCAGCAGCAGCGGAGACGUGAGCCGACCCCAGAGGCCUGACAACUGGGACCGCUACCGGCUGGUGUGUCGGGUGCAGGCCGACACGUGGCCUCUAACGCGCUCUCAGUGGGGCUUCGUGCACAAACUGACCCAGGCGGGCGUCUCCGAACAGUACAUUCAUGGACCUUUCGAGUUUCGCUCUCAAGUGGUGCUACCCACGAACAAGAAACCAACGAAAAAAGGACGAAAUGCGCAGCAACACAGGGGCAAGCCUCAAGCUGCUCCGCCGUCCGCCGGUGCAGGCGGCAGCGGCGGUCCUUUGGUGACGGACACAACGCCUGAGCCCGUCCGAAGUUCGACAGACAUCGACAGGAGCCGGCCACACGUGAUGCUGAGGCUCGUCAGCACGGAACAACGAGCGGAUGAAAUCGAGCUGUUCUACAACCACGACCACAUCAACGCCAUCAAGCUGGAAAAGGCAGCCUGGGAGACGGCGGACGCGGGCAGGGCUGAGCGCGCCCGGAAAAUGCGACUCGAGUACCUGGACCAGCGGACGUGUCGCCUGCCGGACGAGUGGCCCACCCUGGUGCCCACCACCGCCGCCGCUACUCCGACCCCAGCCGGUGGAGACAACCAGAGGGCCAUGGCGCACUCGGAGCUCGCGACGCUGCCCUCCUCAGAGGAGUUCGAGCCGCUGCCUGAGAGUGACCUGGAGGCCAGUGACCUCCGGGAGGCGCCCCUGGACCCGGAGCCGGAGCCGCCGGAGCCCCCGGAGCCGGCCGAGUCCGGGGCGGGGCCGCCGGAGCCGCCGGACCGCGGCUCCGUCCGGAGCCCGGAGCCGUCGUCCGACCGUGAGACGGAGCCGGAGCUGGCGCCGGAGCCGCUGUUUGUAACGCCGCAGCUGCCGCCGGCGUUCGUACUAAACGAGGUGGACACGAGUCUGUUUGUGGUGGACCAGCCGCGCCGUCUGACUGUCUGCGACGACCAGUUCAAGGAUGAACAGAGCAAAAAACACGAGCGGCGGAUUGAGAAUUUCGCUCAGCGCUGGACGGCCGUCGGUGACUUCAUGUCGGCAGAGCACAGCGGAAGAGAGGACGCCAAACUGGAACAGAUGACGUCACUGCACGGCUCAUUGAAACCGAGUCUGAGGUACCGGGCGUUUGCGGAGGUCAUGCGCGACAACUACCGCAUUCAGUUGGCGGAGAUCGCGGCGGCAUCCGCCCAACAACAGGUCGAGACGGAAAAGUCGGCCAAAAAGAAAAAGAAGUGAGACAGAAGAAGAUGGAAUGACGCAAAAAGGAAGCGGUCAAGAUGUGUCGUGAUUGAAGUUUGGUGGUGAAUAAAUUGAUGGCGAGUUAAA